GGAGGAUUUUUACAAGAGUUAACCUCACCAAACAAGCUAACCUAAAAAUACAGCGGGAAUUAUGCUGUGAUAUGUUGUGAAAUUUAACCAGAAUAAUUCAAAAUUAGAAAAGGACAGAUCAAUAGGAAUGCGAGGUGGAGGCAAUAGAGCGUCUCAAGCUUUAUAUAGGCCAGGAAGUGGACCCCUUCGAAAAUCAGGAAGAUCUACAGAUGAUUUAGAUAAUGAAAAUAUCUCACAGGAGAAAUCUAAAUCAAGUUCCGUCCAACAUCGCUUAAAGCAGUCACAGCUCAAUAAAUCCAACCAAACUCAAAAUAGCCCUCCCUCAUCUCAAAUUGAAAAUGUAACAGAAAAAUUAAAUGAUCUAAAUAUUAACUACAAAAGCAAUACAAACAUUGAACAGGCACAAGGUUCUUCUCAAAAUAGUAAUAUUGGAGAUUCAAGAAGAAAAACUAAAAAACCAGAACAACAGUUAUAUGUUCCUAAAAAAGUAAAAGAAGCUUUGGCUGAACAGGAUGUAACAAAUAGAUCUCCCAAUCAAGGGGGUUGGGAUCGAGAUCAAGAGAGAGAGCAUAGUGAAGAUCGUGAUUCUCAUUCCAAUCGUAGUCAUAAAAGUGAUAGUCAACGUAAUCGAUCGAGUGGUCAUGGUAGAAGAGAUAGUGAAAGUAGAAGUAGAAAUCGAGAUGAGCAUGGUAAAAGAUAUUCCGGCAGUCGUAGAACUCGCCACAGUAAUGAAAACGAAGAACGUUGGCGGUCCGAUUCUCCUUUAUCAAGCAGAGGAUUUAGGAAAGAUAAUUCUCGCGAAGUUAGACAGGGUUCAGAACCUCUUUUUGUAACAACGAAUCAUUUAAAUGAUUUUAAUCGUACUAGAGAUACACGUAGCGUAGAACCUACAAUACAUUCAGAAAAAUUUCAAGGCAAGCCACCAUCAGGCAAAUGGGGUGGUACAAAAGAUAGUUUGCCGAAAAAUAUAAAAAUAGAGCACCUACCACCUAGAUUACAGAAAAAAUAUUUUUUGGAUAAUGGCCUUCCUUUACCACCAAGUUCAUCACCUUCUGAAGAUACAUGGAAUAGUAGUAAUGUCUCAUUCCAGGCACCGUCAAAUUAUAAUUUUCCACCUGCAAUGCAACACUCACAAACGAUGCAAAAUUUACCUCCAUCUGGUCCAUUACCUCCACAAAUUAAUUGGUCUAAUACAGCACCGCCACGAACUAGAGGUAGAGGUAGACUUAAACCAGAGGAUUUAGAAAGUUCAACAAACAUUUUUAGGUGUGUUACACCUGAUCAGUAUUCAGCUCCAAGUUCCAGAUCUCAUACGCCAAGCCAAGAAUAUAUGCAAAGAUCUUACGAUCGUCGUGGCAGUAACAGUACUAUGUAUACUAGUAUGGAAAGUUUAAGUCGAGUAGAUAGUUCAAUGAUACCACCGCCAUCAUCAGCAUCGCCUGUUACUUCAGUGUCCAAUGUAAACAAACGUCAAACAUCGCCUGAAAGCCAUCGUCGAGGAAUUUCUCCAUCUGCAACUUCUCAUCGCAUUCAAACGCAACGAUCUAGCAAUACGUCUGAACGUAACACAAUACAAGAAAAGAAAAAUGAUCAACAAAAUUCAAGCGUUAGUCCACCAAAAUGUGAAUCUGUCAACACUGCAUUAAAUACAUCAGCGGAACAUCCAUUUGAUUGGAGCGAAGAAGUUGAAUUAAGCGAGAAACUAGAAGCUGAGCGUGCAAGUCGUAGUUCAUCUGUACUGAGUUUACGUGAAAAUGUUAAUGUAUCAGGAAAUGAAACUACAAGUAGUCAUAGUCGACGUAAAAAAAAAAAGCGUGAAAGGAAACAUGCGGCAGAUCGAGGGAGGAGUAAUAGUAGAGAUAAAGCUCGUGUUAAUAGUCGUGAUCGACAAAAUAAUCAACAAAAUAGAGAAAAUGACAACUAUAAUAAUAAUCAAAAGAACAGUAGGAGAUAUGAUCACAGAAGACAUCGUAAUAUCAUACAGCGUAGCCGAGAAUCUAGCAAAGAUAGAAAUUAUCGUGGUGGUAAUCGAAACUUUGAUGAUCUUCAUCGACAUAGAGCGUCUGAUCGAUAUUUAGAUGAAAAUUGGAGAACAGGUAGAAAAAUGUCAGUUUGUGAUUCUGACGAUGGUCGACAAACACCUAGUGUUUCUUCACAUUCUGUCUCAUUGUCAAAUGCUUUGACAACACAUCCAACAUCACCUAGUGGAUAUACUGGUUCUCAACCACCGGGUGUUUUAGUGUUACCUGAUACUAGCCAAUCUCCACCUAGCCAUCAAAUUUCAAGACAACAAGGAGUACAACAACAAAGAACGUUAUUUGAUCCCAAUAACCCUAAUAAACCAAUAGUUAUUACUUCGCCCAGUAGUAGAGCAGCGGUACAAAGAGAAAGUGAAACUAUAUCUCAAGGUUCAAGUAUACCAGUGUUUCAAUCCCAUGGAGGUAUCACCUCCACCCAUCAUAGUUUUCAGGGAACACACUUAGAUGGUGUGUCACCACCAUAUAUGACAAAUGACCAAUUUGGAAAUAUAAGACCUUCGUGGUACGAUCCUUAUUCUGAUAGUUUCCGAGUAGCCAAAAAUCCUUACUUACUUUUGGAUAUAGAACGUGCUGAUUUAGAAUUGCAAUGGAUAUUAAGCUCUGGUGGUUUUACAACAAAUUGGGAGAGAGUUUUGUACAUACGACACUUUCUACAAGAAAGCUUAAAAACUUUGCUUGAGACUGAUAUUAAAUUUUGUCAAGCUGAGAAUGUUGAGCAACACUUUUGGAAAAUACUUUUUCAUAAUAUGAUUGAAAUGCUGCGAAAAGGCAUGCCUAAAGAAAACUCUGAAGGCCGAGAACAUUAUAAAAAAAUCAUGUUAAAAAUUAUCGACGAUGGUACUGUAUAUUUAGAGGGUUUGUUGACUGUUCUUGAAACCAAAUACGAAUUUAAAUUGGAGACAUUUCUUGCAUCGCCGACUUUGCCUAAGGGCCUUGGGAUCUUAGGCUUAGCCUUAGUAAGUGCGCAAAAAAUAUAUCUAUUUUUGGGUGACUUGGCGAGAUAUAGAGAACAGGCAAACGAAACAAGUAAUUACGGAAAGUCUCGGCAAUGGUAUUUGAAAGCACAACAACUUAAUCCAAAGAAUGGAAGGCCUUAUAACCAGCUUGCUGUACUGGCACAUUAUGCUAGACGGAAAUUAGAUGCCGUGUAUUAUUAUAUGAGAUCUCUUAUGGCAUCUAAUCCUUUCAUGUCUGCGAGAGAGAGUUUAAUAGCACUUUUUGAUGAAAACAGGAAAAAGUAUCUACAUUAUUAUGAAUCGACGGAACGGAAACGGAAAGAGGAAAGAGAAUGGAAGGAACGGGCCAGGAUGAAGGAGAAAGAAGGAGCAAACAGCAUUGGCGGAGGAUUGAGGAGGGAAAUUUGGAUUCAUCCUGGUGGAAGACGGGUUCGUCGUACAACUGCAGCCACUGCCAAUGAAGCGAGAUUAUCUCAUAGUGAUUUAGAAGAAUUGGCACAAUUAAGCAGCGUUGAGGUGAAUAAACGGUUCGUCACCUCUUAUCUUCACGUUCAUGGGAAGCUGAUCAACAAGAUAGGAAUGGAGACGUUCCAGGAAGCUGGCGUUCAAAUGUUGAAGGAAUUUCGCGCGCUUCUUCAGCAUUCGCCGCUGCCUCUCCCAGGGACGAGGCUUCUUCAGUUGCUGGCGUUGAACAUGUUCGCCAUCGAGUCGACGCAGCUGAAAGAUUCCCAAAUGGAGCAAGGGUACCGGUCCGAGGUCCAAGAAAGGGCACUGGUCGUAUCCCUGCAGAUGUUCAAUCUGAUUUUAGAACGUGGCGUGUCCUUGCUCAAGUCUCAGUUGGACAGCGGCGAGGAGCCGAGGAUGGUUGUUAGCGAGGACAUGCAAGUCCUUUUACCAGCUAUCAAGAUCUGGUGCGAUUGGAUGCUUUGUCACAGUACUGUCUGGAAUCCACCACCAUCUUGCACGGACUAUAGAGUCGGCCCACCUGGCGAUGCCUGGAGCAGACUGGCUACGAUGGUGAACCUACUGGAAAAAUUGAAUUACUGCAGAACGAUUCUUAUCCAGGCCAAGGACGCGGAGGGUCGAGAAGACGAGCUUGAAUUGGUCAAACUGCCGGAAGAUAUGACUUUAGCUGGAUUCACGCCGCUGAUGUCAAAUCCUCAAGAUCCUUGUUACGCCGAGAAAAACGAAGAUAUGGAAGUUGCUCAAGUCUGCCUCAGGAUAAACAAGAUUCUGUUCUUCGGCCAGUCGUUCCUGUGCGGCCUCGAAACGCCGGUAUUGAAGUUGCAGAAGAGCGAAACUGGCGUCAGCGAGUACGUCUCCGUGGUAGAGGCAUCGAGCACGAGUACGCCGAGUUCACCGCCAGAACAGAGCGACUCGGAGCUCCUGGUGGAGAGUUACAGCGAGGGUGAGGACGAGCCGGUCUCCACCCUGAGGAGAUUACUCUCGUGCACAGACGUACCUGACGAUGGCUCCGCGCCGGUGGCCGCGGUCGAGAUAAGAUCGCUAAUCGAGAGGAAAGAGGAGCUGGAGAGGCGGCAGCGGAAACAGGAUCGUCACAGGCAGCGAAUACAACAAAUCUUGCAAAAGUCUUCGGUCUCGGUGGAGAUCGAAGUGAGACCCAGGCAACUGGUGCCGGAUACUAACUGUUUCAUCGACUAUCUACCGCAGUUGCAAAAUAUCGCCAAGGCGGUUUCCGGCGCGCAACCGAUUUACACGCUUAUGGUACCGCUUGUAGUUCUGAACGAGCUCGAGGGCCUGGCACGAGGCGCGGACUCGAGGGAUUGUCCUCCAGCUUCGAGAGCAACUUUGGAUCCGGAACACGUGGCCAGGGUGGCCGAAAGCGCGAAGGCGGCUUUGGCUUUCGCGCGAAGCCGAAACCCGGCAAUUCGAUGCUUAACCACCAGAGGAACUGUCCUUACGUCCAGUACGUUCACCGUUGAAGAGGAUGUUGACAAGGACGGCCUGACAAGAAACGAUGACAGAAUACUGGCUACGUGCUUGAGCCUCUGCAAGGCGGGUAACAAAGAUCAAGUAAAUGCAGAAGAGGGCCAGCCACGGCGACUGAGAAGGGAAGUGGUCCUACUGACGGAGGACAGGAACCUGAGGGUGAAGGCUCUGGCAAGGGACGUUCCCGUGAGAGAGGUGCCUGACUUCAUGCAGUGGGCCGGCCUCGGCUGAGAUGCCACCCCGACCAAACUCACCCGCUAAUGAAAAAAAAUAAAAAAAUAAAAAAAAUAAUAUCUCCCGUCACCACCUCCGCUGAGUAAAUUUGACCAGCGAGCAGCUGCAGCAACCAUCAAAACAGCAGAAGACAGUAAGACACAGAGAGAGAGAGAGAGAGAGAGAGAGAGAGAGAGAGAGUAUGAAAAUAAACCAAAAAAAAAAAAAAAAGAAAAAAGAGCAAAAGAAAAGAGAAUCGUCUCGCAUCGUGCUCUCCACCACUCCCCCAAAAAAAUCGUGGUCGAUCAGCCGUCAUGCGCGUCCGUUCCCGCAAACGUAAGUUCGUCGUGAAUUGUUCGAGGUCGUGAUUGCGCGUCCAAUUCGUCGACGAGGACGCGAGAGAGAUGGACGGGAAGGAAUGUGAGAGAAAGGGAGAGAAAGUAGAUGGAUGGAGGAUAUCGAGGAACGAUCGAGAUCGGUAGAAACAAAGGGCUCGUUUCGGGAAACAGAGAGAUGAAAGAGAAAGAGAGAGAGAGAGAGGAGUGAACGUGAUCAGUAGACCGCGGAUGUUUAUGCGAUUUUGUAUUUUUACGAGCAAUGGGAUCUACAACAAGGAAUUCGUCGGCAUGUAAAUCAUCGACAACCUUAAAUUUGCCAAAAGUGUACAAAUAUCCGCGGUCUAGCGAUUAGAAACGAACGACGAAGCGCGAAUCGCGACGCUUUUCACCUUUCUUCUUCUGUUUCGUUCAACGCGGCUUACGUGUUUUUGCUUUAUAAAAUGCAAUAGACUCCCUCGAAGAAAUUAAUACUCCAGCAAUAAAAACGUCUUGAUUUGACACGUGUAACAUGUCACGCUUGAUUACAUUUGAUUGUCGACUGCUUUAUUCCGAAAUAAUUAUUGUAAGGAAAAAAUUGUCACGGUCUGUUUUCACGGCAAACGUUGUCCAAUUAAAGUGGGCUAAGAGGAAGUCUACUGUGACGAUUGUUAAGUCUCAAUUUUUUUUUUUUUUUUUUUUUUUGCCUAGAUGAUUCAUUUCAACUACGAUUAGAAUGAAUCUACAUCCGCGAAAUUGUCAGUAGCCGUUAAAUGGGAAAUUUAAUCAAUUUUUUUGGGUUUCGAUGGAGAUUUUUGUAGAGACGAGAGAGAAAAGGAGUGCAAAGCGCCGCGAGCCAGACUCGUGUCGAAGCAGAAUUGGUUCCGUUUUGAAAGCACUGGCAGGAGAAAUAUACUUGAUCGGAGAAAUUGAAGCAAGAAAAACGAAAGAAAUGAAAAUAGACGGUAUUUUUACAUACAGUGAACAUCUGUUUUUUUUUUUUUCUUUUUCUUUUUUUUUUUUUUUUUUUUUUUUUAGUUGACUUUUAUCGAUGCCGACCGCGCCCGGCUUCGUUUUUUCUGUAUCUUCGUUUUUAUCAUGUUUGUAACGAUCUAUACACAUAUAUACUUAUAUAUACAUAUAUAUAUAUAUAUAAGUUAAGCAUUUACAGUGGCUCACGAAAGUGUUCGGACACUCGUCGCAGAAGAAUAUUUAUGCAUAUAUUUUAAGUUACGUGAAACGUUUUGAAAUUUUAUUGACACCAUAACAGAGCACGAUUAUUAUAGUUUCUCGUCAACUUGAAAAUUUCUAAAAAUGUUAUUGCAAGAUUUAUCGCAGACAUGUAUCUAAUAAAGAAAAAAAAAAAAAAUCAAUGUUACAACGUGAAUUUUUCUGUUUCGAUCUUGUUCUCACUUUUUAGCAAACGAAAAAGGCAAUUUUAGAAAAACUUUCAAUGUAAAAUUUUAAAAGAGAAAUUAUCAGCGUUGCUCAAACAGAAGAUAUCCAUCAUUAGAAAAUUAUACUAUAUGUGUAUUUUGUUCAAACAGACGGCAUCUAUUAAUUAGCAAAUUAUACUAAUUCGAAAGUGUAAAGAUGUGUAAUAAAUUUAUAGAUGAUCCUACUGAAUGUUGAGAUUCUUUCGUACAACCAAUGGCCAAAGCUUUCACACUUGUAUAAUCAUAAUUGUCAAGUUUUACAACAUACUGCUAAAUAUUAAUAAAAUGUCCAAAUGUUUCACGUAACAUGUUUCACGAUAUAUAUUCAUAAAGAGGUUCCUGUGAGUAUUCGAGAGUUACUCUCGCGAGAAACUGUAUACAUAUAUAUUUGUACGCACUUUUGAAUAUUGUAUACGCCGUAUGCGGUUGUUGGAGGACGCAUUCGGAAUCCGCGUGUGUGUGUCGUUUCCCUUUCCUUCUCUUCUCUCUUCUUAUGCCGUUCUUUUUUAACCAGCUCCGCAUCAAAUUGUUUUGGAAUUAAUUUUUUCUCUUCUCUUCCUCUCGUCUGACGUCUCUUCUCCUUUUCUUUCUCCUUUUUCUUUUCUCAUUGUACCUUCGCACGCGGCGUAUUCCUCUCCUUUUUUGACGCAGUUUUCCGACAUUUCUAACGUGCCUUUUCCAUUUUCUUCUCCUCUCCUCUUCUUCUUUUUCGAUGCUUUUAUUUUUUACUCGUUGUCAGUUGAUUUUCUCUUUGCACCUUAUCAGGUGUCUCGUGACAUCUUAUGGAAUUUCAUCGUAUGUAAAAUUUUCCUAUAACCGUAAUUUUUGUGUCUUCGUUUCAAGCGUGGAAUUUACACGCUUUGACACACAGCACCUAUUAGCAGUAGAAAUUUUGUAAGAACUUUCUAUUCUUCGUAUUACCGUUCUUCGAUGAACUACUCUCUCGAGAUUUAGACCGUAAAGGAGGAUAGUAAUUUAAAUACACUUUCAAGUAUCAGCAAAGUUACUAGAAAUGACGAUUAUAGAACAGAAUUUAAA